GAGAAGCUUGGGCCAAUGAGAUCGCUCUCUUAGACCACGUGACUCGCGGCCAAAACAAUGGACGUCGGCCUGUGGAGCGGCUCCUUGCUCAGGGUGGCCGCCUGUUUUGCACAGGCCGUCCUUUAUAUAGCCUCUCUCUAUGUGUGGAACUCUCCCUUUAACAGGGACCACCCUUCAACGAUCAAGAGAAGAUUCAUAAGUGCCUUAUCCAUGAUGGUUAUCUCUCCAUUUUUUGUCUAUUUUUUCUCAUCCGGAACGCUCCUAAACAAGGUAUCCUUUUGUCACUUGUUGGGUCUCAGACUGGACGGGCUUUUAAAUGCCGUGGUGGUGCCGCUUUUGCUGACCAGCGUCCUCUUCCUGGGCCCCAUCGCCAUGGCCCUGCACGCCCUCUCGCCAAGGCAGGUGAUAACGUACCCAUCCCUCUUUCUGCCAGACGUGUGCAACAUUUUCUGGCUUCGUAAUCAUGUUGUGGCGCCUCUGUCCGAGGAGUUCACCUUCAGGGCGUGCAUGAUGCCGCUAUUGCUGCAGAGUUUUUCGCCGAUGACCUCAAUAUUUUUCUGUCCGAUUCCAUUUGGAGUUGCUCAUUUUCAUCACAUGAUUGAAAGGAUAUACACGGGAGUGCCUUUUAAAAACGCCUUCUUACUUUCAAUGUUUCAGUUUUGCUACACAACAGUAUUUGGCAUUUACUCCGCUUUCCUGUUUUAUAGAACAGGUCACAUAGUCGCUCCAUUCAUCGUUCACGCGUUUUGCAAUCUCAUGGGCUUCCCAGACAUCGCUGGUCUAAUGGCCCUGGAGAAGCCGCUCAAGACUAAGAUGCUGAGUCUGCUGGUUGGAGGCCUGGUGGCGUGGACAGUGCUCCUGGUGCCCCUCACAAGUCCUGCUCUCUAUGAAAACCAGUUUGUCUGGACGCAAGUGGACAGUUAACCCUGGCAGACUGAACUUAAAGAUUUUAAUCCAUCGAAUUUCAUCAUUCAUCGUUGUUGACACUGAUUUUGCCAGUGUGCUUUUAAUUUAUUCAUUUUAGUCACUUGUUCCUUAAUACACUUGUUACUUAAUGCACUAAUCAG